CCAGUCAAAAAAAUAACAGAUUCAGGUUGCGUCACGUUUACCUGCAAUCCGUGCAGUACUUUCCAGACUUUCAACUUGGUCUGCUUACAUUAUUGGACAUUGACGUUCAAUUCUUCCGUAAGAUAUCUUGGUGUUCGAGUUAUCACUGACCUCGUGGUCAACUGCUUGUUUUUCGUAGGGAUCAAUCAACUCGUGACCGGUAAACGAAUAUUUUCUCACAGCCAGACAUCAAGAUGCCUGAAUCAAUGACGGCUAAAGAAGUACGCCAAUCGUACAUAGAUUUUUUCAAGAGCAAAGGUCAUGAAUAUGUGCAUUCCAGCUCUACUAUACCCCACGACGAUCCUACAUUGCUGUUUACCAAUGCUGGAAUGAAUCAGUUCAAGCCCAUUUUCCUUGGCACUGUUGACCCGAACAGUGAUAUGGCCAAGUGGAUAAGAGUUGUCAAUACCCAGAAGUGCAUAAGAGCAGGAGGAAAGCACAAUGACUUGGAUGACGUUGGCAAGGAUGUUUAUCACCAUACUUUCUUUGAAAUGAUGGGCAACUGGUCGUUCGGAGAUUAUUUCAAAAAAGAAAUUUGCACCUGGGCCUGGGAAUAUUUGACGACUAUUCUGAAAUUACCUGCUGAUCGAUUGUACGUUACUUACUUUGGUGGUGACGAAAAAGCUGGACUGGAGCCAGACAACGAGUGCAAGGACAUUUGGCUCUCUUUAGGUGUACCACCGACGCACGUUUUGCCAGGAAGUAUGAAAGACAAUUUUUGGGAAAUGGGUGAAACUGGUCCAUGCGGUCCUUGCAGUGAAUUGCAUUACGAUCGAAUCGGAGGUCGAGAAGCUGCUCACUUGGUGAACGAGGAUGAUCCUGACGUCCUCGAAAUAUGGAAUCUCGUAUUUAUACAAUUUAAUCGUGAAUCGGAUGGAUCGCUCCGAAGUUUACCCAAAAAACACAUCGAUUGUGGUCUCGGAUUGGAACGUUUGAUCUCUGUGAUACAGAAUAAGCGUGCCAACUACGAUACUGAUUUGUUCAUGCCACUGUUCGAUGCUAUUCAAAAGGGUACCGGUGCUCCAGAAUAUCAAGGAAGAGUCGGAGACGACGAUGUCAAUGGCAUCGAUAUGGCAUACAGAGUAUUGGCCGAUCACGCUCGUACGAUCACAAUUGCUCUCGCCGAUGGUGGAAUGCCGGACAAUACUGGCCGAGGCUAUGUAUUGAGAAGAAUUUUGCGAAGAGCGGUGCGUUACGCGACCGAAAAAUUGAACGCAAAACCCGGGUUUUUCGCAUCAUUGGUGAAUGUCGUAGUCGAAUUACUCGGCGAGACAUUCCCUGAGUUAACGAAAGAUCCUCAAUCGAUAAUGGACGUAAUCAACGAAGAAGAAACCCAAUUUCUCAAAACUUUGUCUCGCGGUAGAAAUCUUCUCGAUCGUACGAUCGCCAAACUUGAAAAUCUGAAUAUUUUGCCCGGCGAAGUAGCUUGGCGAUUGUAUGAUACUUACGGAUUUCCGGUUGAUCUCACGCAACUUAUGAGCGAGGAAAAAGGUCUGUCGGUCGAUAUGGCCGCUUACGAGGAAGCUAAAAAAUUGGCACAGAUCGCAUCCCAAGCCAAAUCAGGUGGCGCUGACGAGCAAAUAAAUUUGGACGUGCACGCAAUAACGGAGCUGCAAAACAAAGGAGUUCCUCCAACCGAUGAUUCCUUCAAGUACAAUUACAAGGCUGCUUCGUCGGACAGGAACGCUGAAUACAUAUUCGAGGCCUGCGACGGCAAAGUGAUAGCGAUUCGUCGCGAUAAAACGUUCGUUGAUGCAGCAUCGUCAGGCGAAGAAGUGGGCAUACUUCUCGACCGUACUAAUUUCUACGCCGAACAAGGUGGCCAAAUUUAUGACGAGGGAUUCCUCGUCAAAAUAACGGACGACAGUAACGACGAAAACACGGAAAUUCGUGUGACCAAUGUACAAGUUCGUGGUGGAUACGUUUUACACGUUGGAACUGUGGGAAUCGGAAGUUUGAAGGUCGGCGACCGUGUCAAUUUGAACGUUGACACUUCCCGACGACGUUUAGUUAUGAACAAUCACAGUGCGACGCACGCUCUUAAUUACGCCUUGAGGAGCGUUCUCGGUACGGAAACCGAUCAAAAAGGUUCUCUCGUCGCUCCCAACCGACUGCGCUUCGAUUUUACUAACAAAAGCGCCAUGAGCCCCGUCCAAGUGAAAAAGACUGAAGAUAUAAUCACGGAAAUCGUUGAGAAAAACAAACAAAUUUAUGCUAAAGAGAGCAACUUGGCUGUCGCCAAAACUAUUCUCGGUCUGCGCGCCAUGUUCGAAGAAGCUUACCCAGAUCCCGUCAGAAUCGUCAGCGUUGGCGUUCCCGUUGAAGAAUUGGAGAAAAAUCCUCUGGGCGAUCGUGGAACUCACACGAGCGUUGAAUUUUGCGGUGGAACGCACUUGCACUACACCAGUCACAUCGGCGAUUUCGUGAUAACGAGCGAAGACGCGAUUUCUCGCGGAAUCCGAAGAAUCGUAGCUCUAACCGGGCCGGAGGCAAGCAAAGCGUUGAAAAAGGCGGAGCUUUUACAAAAUCGUUUGAACAAAAUCAAAGCCGACGUCGAAGCCGAUACAACGUGUACCGACUCUAAAGAACAUAUAAAGCGAAUCGUUGAAAUGACCGAAGACGUUUCUCACGCCACGAUUCCUUACUGGAAGAAAGACGAGAUGAGAACGAUGUUGAAAAAUUUGAAAAAAUCUCUCGACGACAAAGAACGCGCUGCGAAAGCUGCGAUCGCUAAUAACGUCGCUGAAGCAGCUUCCCAACUCAUUCAAACCCAAGUUGGAACGCCUGUGCUUGUUGAAGAACUUCAAGCUUUUAGUAACACCAAAGCUCUGGAUCUUGCGCUUAAAAAAGUCAAGGCAGUAUCGCCCGAAACGAGUGCAAUGUUUCUCAGCGUUGAUCCUGAGAGUAAAAAAGUUUUCGCACUCUGUGCCGUUCCCAAGAGCGCUGUAGAAAAAGGAUUGAAAGCAAAUGAAUGGAUCAAGACAAUCGCGACGUUGAUGAACGGCAAAGGCGGUGGAACGCCCGAGUCCGCGCAAGCCUCUGGUACGAAUUACGAAAGUCUCAAGGAAUGUCUGAAGCUCGCUCAUGAAUUUGCGUCGUCGAAGCUUGGUUUGGAUGCAGCAGAGCGCGUCGAAUCUUCGAAAGGAGUUAAGAACGAUUCGUCGAGUGAAAAAAACUCGGAGGAUUUGAUCCUCCACACGGUGCCCGGUAGUAUGAGAGGCAAUUACGUUCAAAUCGUCGCGAAGUGGAGCAAUAGAAAAUUGAUAAUCAAGGAAGAAAAUGUGAAGACCGGUGAAUCUUCAAACGCUCUUUUACUGAAGGGCAAGAACGUUGAUUUACGUGACGGAUCUGCCAUUGCUUUUUUCCUGGCAAAUUCACAGCUACGACGAGACGACGAUUCGUUCGCAAUGAGUCAAGUUAUUCAGUGGAUGAGUUAUGCGGAAAAUCACAUAACACCGCAAGUACUCACCCUCGUAUUAUCCACACUGGGCCUGGACUCGAAAAUUUCGUCGACGAGUCGAAAACAGUCGGAAGAUCAAUUAACGCAAACACUCACCGCCCUCAACGAGAUUUUACUCGAAAAAACUUACCUCAUUCAAGACCGUGCGAGUCUCGCUGACCUGGCAGUGUUCAGUGCUUUUCUCCCCCUUUACGAGCACGUUUUGAGCCCGGAAAGCCGGAAAACGUACGGAAAUCUCACGAGAUGGUUUGAAACGAUUCUCAAUCAGUCAGUUGUGCUCGCGGUUGUUAAAACUUUUCAAUAUUGUGAGACAAACGAUCAAAAUAAAACCUCGCAGACUCCCCAACCGAAACGUAAACGAAACCGGAAUUCUAAUCGCCAGAAAAAAUCGCCUCCCUGCUAGUCAUCUUUUUCUGCGUUCUUUGUUGUCGGUGUAGUCGGUGGUUUCUAUGUGAAAUUAUAUUAAUAGAUGCGAUGUGAUGGGGGAGUCGGUGAAGGCUGACAGCAACUACAACUUUUGAGAUUAUUCACUUUUUUCUACGACACAGCGAUAAAUUUUCUAAGAAAUAUAUUACAAAGAACAUCGAUUUA